AUGCCACUCGAACCUCAGGGACCACAUUAUUACUCCAUCGCUGAGCCAUUUAACAUGGAUACCGCCACCCAAGCGAAAGCAGAAGCUGGGGAGCCGUCUGCAUCGAUGGAUAAGAAUUUGCUAAAGCGAUUGGAUCGGUUUGAGGAAUUCAUAAGGAAAAGCCAAGGUUUGAACAAACAAGGAGGUCUGGACUACAACGAGCUAUGCCUAUUUCCGGAUAUGCAAUUGCCCAUGGGUUUCAAAACGCCCAAGUUUAGCAAGUAUGACGGAAUGGGCAACCCCAAGACGCAUCUCCGAAUGUUUGCCAACAAGUUGGGCAAGCCAAUAGAUGACGAGAAUCUACCAGUUCAUUUGUUUCUUGAAAGCUUAGAAGGCGAUGCACUGGACUGGUAUUCCAAUUUGAAGCCUGAGGAUAUGAGGACAUGGAUGGACUUAUCAACCACUUUUGUAAGGCAAUACGAAUACAAUUGCGAGCUGGCUCCAACGAGGACCACAUUGGAGGGAACCAAGAGGAAACCAUCCGAGGACCACAAGACAUAUGCGAAGAGAUGGAGGAAAUUGGCCGCCAAGGUGGAGCCUCCCAUGACUGAAGAUGAGAUUGUUCGUACGUUCAUCAAAACUCAUGACCCGCCCUACUUUGAGGAGAUUUUUCGCAUGACGGGAUGGUCAUUUGCAGCAAUUAUCAAUAAGUUGGAGGAAUAUGACGAAUACGUCAAAGCAGGGAAAAUUGUCAAUGUAUCAGCUUUAAAAUCACAGUUGGACGCCUUGCAAGGUCAAAGUAAUAAUAGAAGGGAGCCUCAACGUAAGAAGAAAGAGGAGGAAACUACUUUUGUGUGGGACCAAGGACCGUUUUCAAGACCCAGAUCCUAA